AUGCAUCGACCGAAACCCCACAUUCGAGUUUAGUAGGAAAAGGACAUUUUGGAUGGAUUCAGCAGAUUGUAAUAAGUCUAGCCUUUGAUACAGAUAAAUCCUACAGUUGAUAAAAUUCCAAAUAUGAAAAAAAUUCGGCUUUUAGAGGACAGAUAUACAUAAAUUGAGAAAGAUAAUAGAUUGUUGUUGGAGAAAAUUACAAACAUUAUGAAGAGUGAAACCAAUAGAACGAGGAGACCGAGACGUGUUUCCAGUUUUGAAUGUAGAAAGAAGAGUGAGUAAUAACAAAUCAGAAAAGAAAACCAAAUACUUUUGUCAAAAAUAAGCAAUAAAAAAUCCUAUUAUUCUAAAAACCAUUUUGAUAAAGAAUGGAAUAAAACGAAGCAAUACUUUAUUAAUCUAGGAGGUUUGCGUAGUUUAAGUUAAAAAUAAAAAGAAUUUAACUAAUCAUUUUUCUAUUGA